CCGACCUAUUGCAAGCCCUAUAUCUCUCCAAUUCUCCAUACAAAAUUUGAAACUCUCCAUUUCCACCUCUGGGUGCAACCUAAACGUGAUCGGGUCGGGUCGAGGUUCGCAUCAACCCAUUCCAAGCCCUUUAUGUCUCCAAUUCUCGACCCAAAAUUUCAAACACCCUCUGUUUCCACCGCCGUAGGACCCCCUCUUUCUAUUUCUCUCUCUCCAUCGCCACCACCGCAGCUGUCACUCUCUCUCUAAAAAACGUGCACAAAACCUAGGGGGGAAAAGGUCACCGCCGCACAUGUACGUACAUGGUCCCUCAAUUCAAAGCACGACAACGUCUCAUACCGUCAACGCGGAAACUCAAAUCCGGAUAAUGCAAGCCAGCAUGCGAUCAGCUGUUAAUCCAAUUUUAACCCCUUUUUGUCACUUCAAUUGCAACACCCACGAAGCAUCCCCAAUCCUUUUAUCCGCAGUGCCACACUUCCCUUCCCUUCCCCCCAUAAACUACAUAUACCUGACUUCACCCCUACUCUGAAUGUCGCCGGAAAAAUACUACAUUUUGUAGCUGUACUUCCACCAGAAAAUAUUUUCGAACCAAUUCUUCGAGCCUUGACGAAGGCCUUUUUCGAACUAAUUCUUCGAACCUUGGUGAAAGCCUUAGCUCGGUGCUUCGAGCCUUGGUGAAUGCCUUUGCUCAGCGCUUCGAGCCUUGUUGAAAGCCUUAGCCGCUUCACGAAAACCUUAGCUAGGCCAUGUUUCAUAACUGGAUGAGUAAGUAAACUAGUGGAAGCAUAGGUGAUGAUAAUCUUGAAGCUCUAGAGCCACUCACCUUAGUUUAGCCCGGUGUCUUUCUAGCCGGAAUUAACUCCAACUUGGCCUGAAAAUACUUGUGCUUACUUAGAAGUUAGAGUCCUUGAGUUUGUGGGUGUAAAAUGUUUUGGGGCUUGAUUUUCCGACUUGUACUUAUUUAAAAAACUCUGGUUCUAGACUUUUAGAGUGAGUUUAAAGCCUUAGUGACUGCCACUCUACUUGGGUCCUGUUCAAGUCUAAGAAUUUUUCACAGUGCGUCCUCUUCUUGACGAAAUUUCGUUUUCCAGCCAUUUCUCGUCGGACAUUGCAGUCUGGGAUCAUUUUCAUUCUCUUUAGAGUUGCUGUUCUGCUUACUUCGUAGCUUUGAAACUUUGUUAUUCUGUUUUCCUGUUGUAUUUUUGUAAUUCCUCUAGAAUAUAAGAGCUUGGUUUUUGAGCUCCCUUCUCAUCACAAAAUCUUGUUUUUGGGUCCUCAUCUCACUUCAAAAGCUCAACUUCUGCCUCAUUUUCUCAUUCUAGAAGUUCUCCAUUUCCUGCUUUUUUGGUCUUCUUUUCGUGGGAAAGUCCUCUGCUACAUAUGUUUCACCAAUUCCCAGCCAUGGAUUUCUUCAACACUGAAUGCAGUCAAAAUCUCACUGAGAACCGCAUUGAAAAAGCCGGAGCCGAAACAAGCUGCACCGAUAAAAAGCAAAGUCUCACCCGAGAUUACAGAGAAGAACGCAGAGCUUACAGGGGAGUUCGUCGAAGAAAGUGGGGGAAAUGGGUAUCGGAGAUCAGAGAACCAGGAAAGAAGUCGAGGAUAUGGCUUGGAAGUUUCGAAACACCGGAAAUGGCAGCCUCUGCCUAUGAUGCAGCUGCUCUUUCCCUCAAAGGAAGAUCGGCUCGCCUCAAUUUCCCUGAAUUUGCCGAUAAGCUCCCAAAGCCAUUAACGAAAGAUCCGAAAGACAUAAGGUCGGUGGCUUUAGAGGCAGCUAGGAGCAAGAGUAGAGAGAAAGAGCUUUCGGGCGAAAACCAGAGCUUCCCAGCGAGCUUUCCGGUCAUCCAGGCACCAAUUAAUCAGUAUUCCGGCGAGUUUCCGGUGGGUUCUCCGGGAAUGUGGUCGGACUUAGCAGAGGCUUUGUUGCUUUCGCCUCCAGUUUUUGUAGGAGAGGAGAGCGAUGAGGAAGAGAAAGAUGAAGGGUGGCUUUGGAGCAAUAGUAUCUGAUUCGAAAAUCUGAGGAAAAUGACACUGGUUUUUCAAUAUAUUACUAGCCUUAGCACUUUUAGUUUUAA